AUGAAUAGCAGCAGCUCUAGCAGAAAUCCGGGCUUCGGUACCUCAGCCAUAUUCAGCAGCUACGUGGAGCACUCGCGGAUUGACAUGCAGGGGGAGGACGCAAACGUGUAUGUGGCCCGGGCCCUCCGCCUAGUCAUCGAGAAUGUGCUCGCCCAGCUAAGCGCCACGCUGGUGGUAACCAUCUCCACGCGUCAUCUGGGCACCGCCCAGUGGUUUGAGUACAUGAUGAACAACCUGGUCGAUUCAUGGCGGAUGACGGCCGUCCAGCUGCUGCGAUUCCGGCCAGAUUCGGUGCACAUCUCAGUGCCGGGACGGAAGCGGGUCAACCUGCUCCUGGUGGACUCCUACAGCGGAUUGCAAGACACCAACAUAACGGCGGACAAUGCCGACUUUGACGAUCCGGAUUACUAUUUUAUCUUCCUGCAGACGCGAGAUGCCUUCAUUCCUGAGGAGUUGCGUCUGAUUCUGAACCAUUGUCUGGCAAACUUUUGGCUGCACUGCAACGUUAUGGUCCAGACCGCCCAAGUGGACGUUCUGGUGUACACCUACUAUCCCUAUACGGCGGCCAGGUGCCAGGAGGCGCAUCCAGUGCUGGUGAAUCGCUUCGAUGGCCGUCGCUGGCUAACGAACUCCUCCAUGUUUCCGGACAAGCUGCGCCAGAUGCACGGCUGUCCGCUUACCGUGCUCACGUGGCAUCUGCCGCCGUUCGUGGAACUGGUCUUGGAUGCGGCCUCCGGCUUAGUCCGGGCCAAAGGAUUUGAGAUUCAGCUGAUGCGCCACCUCGCCCGCCAGAUGAACUUCAGCAUAGAGCUGAAAAAUUUGGCUCUGCUGCGACCGGAAGCCUACCGUCUGGCGGAUGGAGCCAACGAUGGACCCAUAGAGCGGCUUCUGCAUCGCAGUGCCAACAUGAGCAUGGGCUACUUCCGGAAGACAGCGCGCCGAAACCAGCUGUUGACCACGCCCAUGUCGUACUAUUCCGCCAACCUGGUGGCCGUGCUCCAGCUGGAGCGCUAUCGCCUGGGCUCUCUCGCCCUGCUGGUGUUUCCUUUCGAGCUGCCCGUAUGGCUGCUGCUGCUCCUCGCCCUGGUCAUUCACAUGGGCCUCUACCUGCCCUGUAGGCGGCGGCGAAGGAAUGUGUUGGGGGGAGAAAGAGAAGUCAAUGGAGGAGGUCUACAGAUUCUGGGCCUAUUGCUGGGCGCUGCUCUGGCCCGGCUGCCACGCGCCUGGCGGCACCGUCUCAUCGCCGCCCAUUGGCUGUGGGCCAGCAUACCGCUAAGGAUCUCCUACCAGUCACUACUGUUCCACCUCAUCCGCCUGCAGCUGUACAGCACGCCAUCCUUUUCGCUGGAUCAGCUGCUGGCGCAGGGCUUCCAGGGGAUCUGUACGGCGAACACGCGACGCCUGCUCCUCGAGAUGCCGCAGCUGGCCGGCAGCCCGGACAGCAUCCAUGCCCUGGACACGCCCUCCGACUGGGCCGUGCUGGAGGCACUGCAGCGGAAUACCAAGCACAAGAUCUUUGCCGUGGCCAACCAAGACGUGGUCCUGUCCUUUCUGCACUCCAGCAGCCAUCCCAAAGCUUAUCAUGUGGUCAGGCAGCCGGUGAAUGUGGAGUAUACCGGCAUCUAUAUGCCCAAGCAUUCUUAUCUCUACGAGAAGGUGGACGAGACAGUGCGACGGCUGGACGCCGGUGGCUUUAUCCAUGCAUGGCGCCGCGCCUCCUUUAUGGCCCACCGGCGGGAGGUGUUGCAGCAGACCAGCCGGCGGUACAUUAAUCAUGCAAAGCUCUCCGGUAUUUACAUGGUCAUGGCGGCGAUGUACACACUCGCCGGGCUUGUGUUUGCCGGCGAACUAUUGUUUCGGAGGUGGAACUGGACUGGGACACUUCAAUGCUUCUUAUGGACAGACCGACAGGCAUUUGUCAAAAUCGAGGCAUUCCCGAUUCAAUAA